ACUUCAACUGCCUACAAACUUAAGCUAACAACUAGCGCUUAAUUUUAACAGUUUUAUUUUUAAAAUGGUUUCAAAAAUAACAUAUACUCUGGCCGCACUCUGUCUAGUUUAUGUUUUGGUUGAGAGUUCUUUUAUAAAACCGAAUAAUGUACCGAGAGUAGGAAGAAGUAAUGAAGCCGAAGGACCUUUCGAUCAGAAUAUGAUGGGUUAUGUUAUAAAAACAAUUCCUAGUAAGAAUAUACCGAGAAUGGGUCGCAGGAAUUACGAUUCGGCAAAUCGUUUUGAUAUACCUAAGUUGUAUCAAGUUCCAUCUGAUAAUGCUGAAUCGUAUUCUGAUGAAGAUGUUGCCAAAAUGAAUCAAGAGCUGGACGAAUACUUUGGAAGUCAUUAAUGAAAAAGAAAUUAAUACGAUUCUAAUCGAUGUUUAAAUGUUUUUUUUUCGUUUCAUGUUCUAGUCAUUGUUAGUUAUGUAAACUUGAAAUAAAAUAAUGCAUGCAAA